CCAAACCAAAGGCGAUGCACCUCAGUCGCGCGAUUGAGGGAGAAGCUUGUCGAAUGCACCAGCCUCCCGCGGUAACCAAGAGAUGAUGAAAUAACAGAAGUAGAAGAAGAAAAUCCCAGGAAAAAAAAAACCCAAUAAAUAGUAGAAAAAUAAUUCCCAAAACAUGUCCAUCUACCCCGAGCCAUGAGGUGGGCCCCACCCUCCUCUAUCCAUUGCCUAGCAGCUGCAACCACUGACGCGACCAUGGCUUCUCCCCGCUUUCCAUCUCGAGGCCGGAAUCCAUGGCGGCGAGGGUUUUCCGGUCGGGCGGGCAGCGGCGGCAACGAACCGUUCGUGAGCGGCGAUUCUCAUUUCAGGACUGUGAGAGAUGCGAAUUACAGUUUCCGUCAGGGAGAGAGAGGGAAUUAUUGGGUUCCCAGGGGGCAUCCGAUGCCGCCUUUCCGUCCAAGGCCGCCAUUCCGUCCGAGGCCUGAUGAUUACAGGAGCUGGGAGAAAACUCUUUAUCAGCCGCUGCCUUAUUGCGAACGAUUCAUAGUGCUAUCAUAUAAUAUACUUGCUGAUUACCUUGCUAGAGAACAUCGACCCCGACUUUACUUUCACAUACCUCCCUACAUUUUAGACUGGGAGUGGCGAAAGAGAAGAAUAUUGAUUGAGCUUGGAUUGUGGGCUCCUGACAUCAUGUGUCUUCAGGAGGUUGACAGAUUUCAGGACUUACAGGAGGAGCUAAAGAUCCAAGGAUAUUGUGGUGUUUGGAAGAUGCGUACUGGCCCACCGAUCGAUGGAUGUGCAAUUUUUUGGAGAACAACAAGAUUCAGGUUGCUGCAUGAAGAGGAGAUUGAAUAUGACAAACUUGGACUUCGAAAUAAUGUUGCCCAGAUUUGUGUUUUGGAGUCAAGGAGUCAAAGCCCUGCUGAAAAUGCUUCUGCAGCUUCACCUGCAAGUUCUCAUCAUUCAAGAGGAGCAAAUCAAGUUGUUGUGUGUAACAUUCAUGUACUUUACAAUCCAAACAGAGGAGAUAUUAAGAUUGGUCAGGUUAGAGUCCUCCUUGAUCGAGCUCAUGCUGUUUCUAGGAAUUGGAAUGAUGCUCCAGUAAUUAUUUGUGGGGAUUUCAACUGCAUCCCAAAGAGCCCCCUUUACAACUUCAUAUCUGAACAGAAGUUGAACUUGUCUGGACUCGCUAAGAACCAAAUAUCAGGACAGUUUUCAGCUUCUGUUUACACACCACGGCCAAAUGGCUCAAAUGUUGGGCAUGGUUUGAACAGGGUUCAGUCUCCUUCAGAUAAUUUGACUGCACUGUCUGCAUCAGUUGACAAUCGUGCAGAGAGUGUUGAUCUUACAGACACGUAUAACCAACACAUGUCACAGAGUGCUUCGGAAGGUUCAUCUUUAAUAGACAACUUGUCUUGUCCUCAGAGCGUGGAUGGUGUGCUUGAUAUGGCUAGCAAACCUUUCUUCGAUGAUUGCUACGAGGAGAACAACACAAUGUCUGAGGCAGUGGCAGAAGAGAAAGGGCAAGAGAUCACAUUAGAUGGGUCAAGUUAUGAGUGUGGCUCAACCCAAUCUGGGUUCAUUGAUGCAUUGCCAAAAACUGUGAAUGGUUAUAGCGUUCAAGGUGGGCCUUCUGUCGAUCAACCAAACUUACAGAAGAGUAAUCCAGCAGUGGCAGCACUUCAAGAAGAUUCCGUCCUUGAUGACAUGGAAAAGGAAAAACUGGAGUUUAGCAUGACAUCAUCUUCUUGUGAAGGGAAUGUUUGUGAUAUUGUGACAAGUCAUAAUAAGGUAGACUCCGGUGCUGACACUUCAGACUGUUCUUCAUCUGAUGUGGCCUCAGGUACUUCCUUUCCUGAUGGUAUUGAAGUCUCUUUUCCGAAGUGCAUGGAGAAUCUGUCUUCCAAAUCAGCUACUAUCGAAGACAAGACUAACCCCUCAAUUUCGUAUAAAAAUUCUGACAAAGAUGAGCUGUUAAAUGCAUCCACCUGUGUUGAUCGAAAAGGGGUUCACUUGUCACCUCAUAAAGUUUGCGAAUUAAUGAAGGAAGAUGAAAGUUUGGGUGGAAUUGUGAAGACCACGUAUUCAUCCGAAGAAAUGGUGAGGUGCAGGACAAAAGAUGCAUCUUCAUUUGAUGCCAACUAUGAGAAGAAAAUACUCAAUUUGGAGGAAGCCAUACAAUCUCUAGAGGUGUGUUCUUCCACAAACAAAGUUCAAGGGGAUCAACGUCAUUAUGUUGAAGUAAGGGAAAUAAGCUCAGAAGCACAUUGCUUUGGUGUUGAUCAGAGCGCCGAGAUCUCUAAUAUGUUAUGCAGUGCCAGUGGGUCUCGUGGACAUAGUAAUGCAGAACUCACUGAUAAGGAAACAUCAUAUGAAUCUAUGGAAGAGAUGGUAUCUAAUGUGUCACCCUCUGAUCAAAUCCAAUCAUUGUCAUGUCUGGAUGAGAAUGAAUCACUAAAGCUCAUGUCCUCGGAAGGACAUGGAAACAUUGGACUUGGGGAUGAUCCCUCCAUUUCCUUGGAUUCCAAGGAGAUUGAUGUGGAGAGAAAAGCUUAUGACCCAUACAUAUGGACUCCGAUUGAAAUAGCGACUGCCUCAGGAAAUGCAGAAUGCAUUCUAGUCGAACAUCAUCUAAAGUUAAAAAGCACUUACGCGCAAGUUGAGGAUUAUGCUGGGACAAAAGACCCUAGCAGGGAACCACUAGUUACCAGCUAUAACAGGCAAUUUUUGGGUACCGUUGACUACAUAUGGUGUUCAGAAGGUCUCGAGACUGUCCAAGUGCUUGAUACAAUGCCAAAACAUGUUCUACAAAAGACCCCUGGAUUCCCAACACGGAAAUGGGGGAGUGACCAUCUUGCCUUGGCCUCUCAACUGGCAUUUACAAGAGACAUACCGACAGAUAAAAAAACAUGAAACCACUGACCAUUAAAUGGCAAAUGUACUAGUGAAUUCUGUAGGCAUGGGAAUGUUGCCAUUUACUUUGGUGAGAACGAGCCAACUGCACUUGGUGUUUCACUGGAAAGCACACUUCCUCGAGGGUUGUGUUAGUCGCUGCAGAGCUACAUUGUUUGCGUCUCUUUUGAGUUGAUUUUCCAUGUAAUCUUGUCGUAAUUAGCCACUGAUUUUGACCCAGUCAUUUAUUUAUUUUAAUUUGUAUUUGCAUGUACUUGGCCGACUCCCUAGUGUUUUGCUUGAUGACCAAAAUACCCCUGAGCGUCUGUACC